ACUGGGAAAAACAAUGACUCAGAGUGAUUUGCAAAUCAGAGACACACUAAUGAACAAUUAACACACCUUGCAAUUAUAUGGGUGGCUAUAAAAGCAUGCGCAAUGGAUGAAGAAAAUUGUUUUAACAAUGGCUGUGUUAGCGUUGUUAGAGGACAUCGCAAAUGGUCACAUCCGAAGGGAACGUAUAUUUAGGGAACGCGAGGACUUACUCGCAAAUGAUGACGAUUGGCUCAUGAGCCGAUUUCGUUUCCCCAGGCCAGUAUUACUGGAGCUGUGCGCAGAGCUGCGGCCGGCCCUAGAGCGCCACACAGCCAGGAGCCAGGGGUUGUCCGUGCCCACACAGGUGCUGACCACGCUGGGGUUCCUGGCAACAGGGGCCUUCCAGCGGGAGCUGGCCGAUCGGUCAGGAGUGUGCCAGUCCACCCUGAGCCGAGCCAUGCCAGCUGUGUGGGACGGAAUCAUCCGAAUGUCAUCCAGGUACAUCAAAUUCCCAUACAAUGCUGUUGAACAGGCCCACAUUAAAGCGCAAUUUGCAGCAACAGCCGGUUUCCCUAAUGUAAUCGGAGCUGUUGACUGCACACAUAUUGCCAUAAAAGCGCCAUCACAGGAUGAAUUUGUUUACGUUAACAGGAAACACUUUCAUUCUAUCAAUGUCCAAGUGAUAUGUGAUGCGCAAAUGCAGCUCCUUAACAUCGUGGCAAGGUGGCCUGGUUCAACGCACGAUUCAUUCAUUCUGACCAACAGCAUGGUUGGGAACAGGCUGGAGGCUGGCACUGUGCGCGAUGGGUGGCUUCUGGGGGACCGUGGCUACCCCCUAAGAACGUGGCUGAUGACCCCUCUUACGAACCCCAACACCGACCAAGAGAGGAGGUAUAAUGACCUCCAUUCCCGGACGCGAAUAAUUGUGGAGAGGGCAAUCAGCCUGCUGAAGGGACGGUGGCGAUGCCUGGACAGGUCGGGGGGGAUGCUACUCUACAGACCUGAGAAGGUGUGCCACAUUGUGAUGGCCUGUGGCGUCCUCCACAAUGUGGCACACCGCCAUGGCAUACCACUGCCAGAGCAGCACAACCCCCCACUGGAGGAACCGGAUGCCGGACCCGUCAACUGCAACCCACCCCGAGGAGCCAUACGGGCCCGGCAGAAUGUGAUUUCAAGCAUGUAAAGAGGCAAGGACAGAAUUGACUGUGUAUUUAUUGUAUUUAUUGACGCGCUUAUGUCACCGAGUACAUUUAUAAGCCGAUCAAGGCGAUCAUUAAUGCCACCGAUGGCUCUGACUAUUUCUGCCUGUGACU